AGCAACAUGAAUAGUAAAAAUGGGCACAUUGCAGCCAGAAAAAUGAAAAAAUGGUCUCACAAAUUUUUCUGCCGCGAUCAAUGAAACAACAAAACUGUGCCGAAUUUUCUUCUGAAUUCCGAAAAUUCCGCCAAAAUUAAAUAAAUGUAUUAUCCAUUGUUUAUAAUUUCGGGUUCUUAAUUUUUUCGGACUUUCGGUACAACAAGUAAACUAAAAAGUGCUUCCACUGUGAACAUGUUUAAACAAAGAAUUAAAUAAAGAGUGGCUUGUGUGUUGAACUGUGCUCGAAACAGCUUGGAUAAAAAGUUACUCAAUUGAUUGUUUAUGUAGUGUUUAUAAUAUUAUUUACAAUUGCAAAUAUCAAAUAAAAACAAAAACAAAAGUGAACAACCAAUAUCUGUGGAAAUACUACGAGUAAUUGACUACUAAAUGGAAUACUAUAAUAAAUAAACAAAAUCAAAUUGGAUUAUCGCCCAGCUGCUGGGAGCUUGCCCCAAGAUGAUGACCUUGCCGCCGUUCGGCUGGUUCCACUUUCUCCAGCUUCCUUUGCACCGCUCGACGUAGAACCCCCACGGACUUCCACAGAGGGGAAACCCUCACCAGCUCCAAUCAAAGCGUCAGCCACUGCCACUAGUAGCCAUACAUCAGAUACAAUAUAUAUAUAGUUUAUAUAUAUAUAUAGAUUUGGCCCAGCGUCUUGUUCUUCGUGAUUUCGUCGCUGUCAGCGCUCGACGCCGACUGAGACGAGAGCAGCGAAGCAACGAGAGCACAGCGAAAGCCUCACCACGGACGCAUUUAUGGAUGCGGGCGGCCUGCCAGUCUUCCAAGCCAGCCAAGCAGCCGCAGCCGUCGCCCAGCAGCAGCAGCAGCAGCAACAACAGCAGCAACAUCAGCAUCUGAAUCUCCAACUGCAUCCGCAGCACUUGGGCCUACACCUGCAACAGCAACAGCAACUGCAACUGCAACACAAUGCACAGGCGCAACAGCAGCAGCAGCAGCAGCAGCAGCAGCAGAUACAAGUGCAACAACAGCAGCAGCAGCAGCACUCUCCCUACAAUGCCAACCUGGGAGCAACAGCCGGAAUCGUCGGCGGCCUUGUUGCUGGCGGCAACGGAGCUGGCGGCCCUCCAAAUCCAGGAGUCAGCCUCGGACCCAACAGUGGGGGCGGCGGCCCAUCGCCUAGCGAUGCCCUGCCACCCAAGCGACAGCCCAACGUGGACCGACUGCGACGCCGCAUGGAGAACUACCGACGACGGCAGACGGAUUGCGUGCCGCGAUACGAGCAGACCUUCAGCACCGUCUGCGAGCAGCAGAACCAGGAGACCACGGCCCUGCAGAAGCGCUUCCUCGAGAGCAAGAACAAGCGGGCGGCCAAGAAGACCGACAAGAAGCUGCCCGAUCCCCAGCAGCACCAGCAGCAGCAGCAGCACCAGCAACAUCAGCAGCAGCAACAUCAGCAACAGCAGCACCAACAGGCGGCACAGACGAUGUUAGCCGGACAACUGCAGAGCAGUGUUCAUGUGCAACAAAAAUUCCUUAAACGACCAGCGGAGGAUGUUGACAAUGGCGCCGAGAACUUUGAGCCGCCGCAUAAGUUGCCCAACAACAACAACAACAAUAGCAACAGCAACAACAACAACGGCUCGAAUGCCAACAACAAUGGGAACAACAACGGCAACAGCGGCAGCAACAACUCCGGCAACAGCGGCAACAGCAACAACAACGGCUCUGAGAAUCUAACCAAAUUCUCGGUGGAAAUCGUCCAGCAGCUGGAGUUCACGACCUCUGCGGCCAAUUCACAGCCGCAGCAGAUCAGCACGAAUGUCACAGUGAAGGCCCUGACCAACACCUCGGUGAAGAGCGAACCAGGAGUGGGCGUCGGCGGCGGUGGUGGUGGUGUAAACGGAGGAGGUGGAAACAGCGGCGGUGGUGGCAACAGCGGAGGCGAUCAGCAGCAGCAGCAACAGCACCAACAACAGCAACAUCAUCCACAGCAGCAUCAGCACCAGCAACAGCAGCACCAGCACCAGAACCAGCACCAACAAGGCGGCGGACUGGGUGGCCUCGGCAAUAAUGGGCGUGGCGGGGGUCCUGGCGGAAUGGCCCAGGGACCCGGCGGUGGCGGACUCGGUGGCCUCGGAGUCGGCGUCGGAAUGGGCAUGGGACCCAACAUGAUGUCCGCCCAACAGAAGUCGGCCCUCGGCAAUAUGGCCAAUUUGGUCGAGUGCAAACGGGAGCCCGACCACGACUUUCCCGAUCUGGGCUCGUUGGACAAGGACGGGGGCAACGGGCAGUUUCCCGGGUUUCCCGAUCUACUGGGCGAUGACAACUCGGAGAACAACGACACCUUCAAGGAUCUCAUCAACAAUUUGCAGGACUUCAAUCCCAGCUUCCUCGACGGCUUCGAUGAGAAGCCGCUGCUGGACAUCAAGACGGAGGACGGCAUCAAGGUGGAGCCCCCGAAUGCCCAGGACCUCAUCAACAGCCUGAAUGUGAAGUCGGAGGGCGGUCUGGGACAUGGCUUUGGGGGCUUUGGCGUCGGAAUGGGCAUGGAUAAUCAGGCCAUGAAGAUGCGUGGCGCCGGCGGUGGUGGUGGCUUCCCCAACGGCCCCAACGGUGGCGGGGUUGGUGCCGGCGGCGUGGGAGGAGGAGGAGGAGGCGGAGGACAAGCCUCCGGUGGCGGGAAUCUCAUGUCGGAGCAUCCGCUGGCCGCCCAGACCCUCAAGCAGAUGGCCGAGCAGCACCAGCACAAGAGUGCGAUGGGCGGCAUGGGUGGCUUCCCCCGCCCCCCGCAUGGCAUGCAACCGCAGCAACAGCAGCAGCAGCAACAACAGCAGCAGCAGCAGCAGGCCCAGCAGCAGCAACAUGGCCAGAUGAUGGGUGGCCCUGGUCAGGGCCAGCCCGGACGCUACAACGACUAUGGGGGCGGCUUUCCGAACGACUUUGGCCUGGGUCCCAAUGGCCCGCAGCAGCAACAGCAGCCCCAGCAGCAGCAUCUGCCGCCGCAGUUCCACCAGAAGGGUCCUGGCCCAGGUGCCGGUCCCGGGCCUGGCAUGAAUGUCCAGCAGAAUUUCCUGGACAUCAAGCAGGAGCUCUUCUAUUCCUCUCAAAAUGAUUUCGAUCUCAAGCGCCUGCAGCAGCAGCAGGCCAUGCAGCAGCAACAGCAGCAGCAGCAGCAACAACAACAGCAACAUCACCAGCAGCAGCAUCCCAACCCGAAUGGCCCCAAAAUGGGUGGCGUGCCCAGCUUCAACAAGCAGCAGCAGCAACAGGUGCCCCAGCAGCAGCAGCAGCAAUUGCAACAGCAACAGCAGUACUCGCCCUUCAGCAACCAAAACGCAAAUGCGGCAGCCGCUGCUGCCAACUUCCUCAACUGUCCGCCCCGUGGCGGUCCCAACGGCAGCCAGCAGCAGCAGCAGCAGCCCGGUAAUCUGCCCCAGCAGCAACAGCAGCAGCAGCCGGGCGGCGGGCCACAGGGUGGUCCCCAGCAGCAGCAGCGUGGAGGCAAUGGGCAGCAGAACAAUCCAAAUGCCGGGCCCGGUGGCAAUGCGGCGCAGCAGCAGCAGCAAGCGACUACAACAACGCUGCAGAUGAAGCAGACGCAACAGCUGCACAUCAGCCAGCAGGGUGGAGGCGCGCACGGCAUUCAGGUGUCGGCUGGUCAGCAUCUGCAUCUGAGUGGCGAUAUGAAGAGCAAUGUCUCCGUGGCCGCCCAACAGGGCGUCUUCUUCAGCCAGCAGCAGGCCCAGCAGCAGCAACAGCAACAGCAACAGCAGCAGCAGCCUGGCAACGGCGGAAACAAUCCCCAACAACAGCAGCAGCAACCGCAUGGCGGAAAUGCUGGAGCUGGAGUGGGCGUCGGAGUGGGCGUGGGCAAUGGCGGACCCAAUCCCGGACAGCAGCAGCAGCAACCAAAUCAAAAUAUGAGCAACGCAAACGUAACCUCCGAUGGCUUCUCGCUCUCCCAAAGCCAAAGCAUGAGCUUCAGCCAACAGCAGCAGCAGCAGCAGCAACAACAGGCGGCGGCUGCGGCGGCGGCAGCAGCGGCUGCCCAGCAGCAACAGGCAGCCGCCCAACAACAACAGCAGCAGCAGCAGGUGCCGCCCAACAUGCGGCAGCGUCAGACGCAGGCGCAAGCGGCAGCUGCAGCAGCGGCGGCAGCAGCGGCGCAGGCGCAGGCAGCGGCAAAUGCAAACGGACCCAAUGUCCCGCUCAUGCAGCAGGGACCCCAGGGUCCGGGCGUUGGAGUGGGUGUGGGCGUUGGGGUAGGCGUCGGCAACGGGGGCGGCGGAGGCAUGCCCAGCAACGGGCCCGCCGGUGGACCCAGCAACGGUGCAAUGAAUCAGAUGGGAGGACCCAUGGGCGGCAUGCCGGGCAUGCAGAUGGGCGGACCCAUGAACCCGAUGCAGAUGAACCCGAACGCGGCUGGCCCCAAUGCCCAGAUGAUGAUGGGCGGCGGGGGAGGCGGGGUUGGGUCAGGUCCCGGCCAGGUUCCAGGCCCUGGGCCUAACCAGGCCAAGUUCCUGCAGCAACAGCAGAUGAUGCGCGCCCAGGCCAUGCAGCAGCAGCAGCAGCACAUGUCCGGCGCGCGUCCCCCUCCGCCGGAGUACAAUGCCACCAAAGCGCAGCUGAUGCAGGCCCAGAUGAUGCAGCAGACGGUGGGUGGGGGCGGUGUUGGUGUGGGCGGAGUCGGAGGAGUGGGCGUGGGCGGCGGUGGAGGCGGAAACGGCGGCGGGCGCUUCCCCAACAGCGCUGCCCAGGCGGCAGCCAUGCGCCGCAUGACUCAGCAGCCGAUCCCUCCCUCCGGACCGAUGAUGCGGCCCCAGCACGCGGCCAUGUACAUGCAGCAGCACGGCGUAGCUGGCGGUGGUCCGCGUGGCGGAAUGGGAGGUCCGUACGGCGGCGGCGGAGCGGGCGGACCCAUGGGUGGGCCCCAGCAGCGUCCACCCAAUGUCCAAGUGACUCCCGACGGCAUGCCCAUGGGAUCGCAGCAGGAAUGGCGCCACAUGAUGAUGUCCCAGCAGCAGUCGCAGAUGGGCUUCGGCGGCCCCGGACCCGGGGGCCCCAUGCGGCAGGGCCCAGGCGGUUUCAAUAGUGGAAACUUCAUGCCCAACGGAGCCCCUAAUGCGCCUGGCAAUGGACCAAAUGGCGGCGGCGCUGGCAUGAUGUCCGGUCCGAAUGUACCGCAAAUGCAACUGACUCCAGCCCAGAUGCAGCAGCAACUGAUGCGCCAGCAACAGCAACAGCAGCAGCAACAGCACAUGGGACCCGGGGCAGGCGGUAAUAUGCAGAUGCAGCAGCUCCUGCAGCAGCAGCAGUCGGCGGCCGGCGGCAACAUGAUGUCCACCCAGAUGCAGAUGUCCAGCAUGCACAUGACGCAGACCCAGCAGCAGAUCACUAUGCAGCAGCAGCAGCAGUUUGUCCAAAGCACCACCACGACCACGCACCAGCAGCAGCAGCUGUUGCAGAUGCAGGGUCAGGGCCAGGGAGGCGGUCCGGGAUCGGCCAGCAACAACAACGGAGGUGGCGGUGGCGGCGGCGUCGGUGCCGGUGGGGUGGGAGCGGGUGGUGGCAACGCAUCCAACACGAUUGCCAGCGCCAGCUCGAUAAGCCAGACGAUCAACUCGGUGGUGGCCAACUCAAAUGACUUGUGUCUCGAAUUCCUGGACAACCUGCCCGUGGACAGCAAUUUCUCCACGCAGGAUCUGAUCAACUCCCUCGACAACGACAACUUCAAUCUGCAGGACUUUAAUAUACCGUAGAUUCGUUGAAGUAGUCUCCACCAUACACCAGCACCACCACACACACCACCAGCACCACCAACACCACCACAUUGUUGCCUCAGUUUUGUUCACAAUUUUUGUUUUGUUGCCUAUUGUUGUUAUUGGUCUUGGCCAACCCCAUCCCGAAACGAAACGAGCCCGACCCAGGCCCCUGCCCAUGCCCAUGCCCAUGUCCCUGCCCAUGCCCAUGCCCAUGCCCCGUCCCUGCCAAUGAAGUUACUUUGUUUGUUAAUUGCGUGUGUGUAUUUAUACCUACUCGUGCGGGUGUACGAGUAUACCUAAGCUAAGUUCGUUCGUCUAUGUACUAUAAUUUCUAGUUUUGCUGGCUCCACUGUAGCGCAACGUAUCGUGUCGUUACGUAUCGUAUCGUAGCGAAUGUAUUAUCCGACCUUAGACAGGGUCCAAGGUGCAGGGCGUGCGGCCGCUGGGCGUGGUAGCGGCUAGAGCUCGCAAGACAUUCCAAACAACCAUUUAACCAUAUGCCAGGCCAUCAAUCAACUGAGGAAAAUCAAAAAGUAUUCACAAGUACUUUAAAAUCAACCAAAAUACACUGUCGCUAAUGCGUACGUAGUCAGAGUCGCAGCAGAAGCGACCUGCCACGCCACGCCUCGCCACGGCACCAGAACACUUAAGCACUUGUACUUAAUGCAAAUUUUGUGCCACGCCCAGUGCGUUGUGCGCCGCCCCCCACUUCGUUUGAUUACUUAAGCAAAAGCCGCAAGAAAAAAGAACAAAGAUUUUACAACAAGAAAAAAAAAC